AUGACAUCAAAGCCACCUGAUCGGCGACUGCAUGGCGAAUUUCUCUCGCGCGUUCCAUGGAGGCAGAAACCCAAUUUCCCGGCGCUGAGCUGCUCAUAAAUACCCAUGGGAAUUCAUCCCGGCCGUCUCUUCUUCUUCUUCUCGGCACUAAGCUAUUCAAUUGAACCCAUUCCCAGAUCGUACUCUCCUCCCUGACUCUUGUAUACUUACUCCACUAUUAGACCUACUUUUUCUUCAUCUCAACCACUGAAUUGACUCCCCUCAUCCCAAUUGAACCCUCAAUUCCAUCAUGGAGACCCUCGACAAAGCCUGGCACACCGCCGCCGACACUCUAAAGAGCGAGGUCCACGCCUACCAGUCGUCCCAGAAGACAUGGACCGACUACGGCAAAGAAGAACCUCUCUCCGGCAUCCAGGGCAAAGGCACCCCGACGGAUCCGUACGACGCCGGCAACCGCGAUGAGCAACCCGGCGCCCCGGAUGGCCAACAAAACACCGCCCUGGUCCCUGAAGCCCUGGUUUCCACCGCCGACGACGAUACCAAGAAGAGUCGUGCCCAGGCCCCCGUCCCCAACGGUUCUGCGGGUGCGCCUGCGCGCCCGGAUUCCUCCCCGACAGGUAACAAGUUCGUCGGCGUCAUGAACACCCCCGAGCAGCGCACCCAGCCCCCUCCGCCUAGCCUGACGACUCCCACGACUGGCCGUGCCUCCGUCAUGGACGGUCUGUACGGUCGAGACUCCGUGGCGGCCGCUGCCGGUGGCUCCGGCACUAAUGGCGAGAAAGCGAUAGAUGAAAAGAACGAGGAAUCCGCGGGUUCGCGCCCGGUGCAGGCGCAGCAGAAGUCUCAGAAUCCAAUCACCUCCACUGGGCGCUUCGACCAGACUCCCAACGGAAUUGAAAAAUCCGAGGACGCCCAGAACCAGCCCGCUAAGGCUGCCAGUCUCAACGACCAGUCUACCACCGUGCCGCCUACUACCUUUGGCUCGCAGACUUCCAAUAUGGACGAGGAUACUCGCCGUCUGAGUCUGCAGAAGGACAAGUACACCGGCGCGGAGAUGAGUAAACGCCAGUCCUUGAUGGGCUCGCAGUCUCAAGGAGGCGCCGCCGCUGCUGGCGAAAAUGGUGCCGCCAACGAAGGAAACGACUACAUUGAUCACAACGCCAGCCAGAGCCACGCUGCUGGCUUGUCCAUCUCUGGCACCCCGGGCGUCCCUGGCACCCCGGAACGGCCUGCUGCUCCCAUGUCCAAAGUCAGCGAGGAGGCGCUGAAAGGCCCUCAAUGCUCGGCCAAGCCGCCGUAUGAUUUCGAGAAGCAGUUGGAUGACCCGAGUGGUAGACGGAAGUCGAAGUCAAGCCACAAGAAAUCCAACUCCUUCGGUGACGCCAAUGCUAAAUCCGCCGAAAAGACUCCCUCGUCUGAAGAAUCCGCGAAGAGCGGUUCCAAGAACAGCUCCAAGAACGGUCGUCAGAGCACCCUAUCUCAUAUGAAAGAGAAGCUCGAGAAGGUGGUCCAUCGAGGCAAUCACUCGAACAAAUAAGCCAGCCUGCCUGCCUACAGUGUCUGUAGUCAGCGGGGUCUUUGGCUGCUGACUGAAUUGAUUUGACGAUUACGAGUUUCCGAAAUCUUUUUUUUUGAAUGUGUUUUUAGUAGCUGGUUUGGGUAUGUUUUGGGAAUGUACUACUGUUGUCCAUUUUGUGUAUUAUAUCCUGUUUCGGACGCUUGAUUUCCUUAUUUCUUUGACUGUUUGGUAUG